AUGCCUCCAAAACAUCCUACACCACAUGCUGACCAAGCGCCUACCGAUGAGAAGGAUUCAUUGCUAUUCUCGUCAGCCAAAGGAGCCUAUUACUUAGUGCUUCUUCAGUUGGCAUCGCGCAUGUUAACAUUUACACUGCAUCAAGUAGUCUUAAGGUACACCACAGCCGAGACGCUGGGCAUUGCCUCUGUCAAGUUGGAGUUGUUGCUUUCAACUAUCCUGUUCAUUUCGAGAGAAGGAUUUCGAUGUGCUCUUUUGCGCGGUGACAAUGAGGAUUCGACAUUGGAGAAAGAGAAAUACGAAAAACACGCUUCUUCCGGCGAGCAAAAAAUUACGAACCUUGCCUAUAUUCCGACCGCCAUCGGAUUGGUGACGACCUUUGUCGCUUGCACUUAUUAUUUGAACCAAAUCGAUGAUGUGACAGCCGCCAAGUAUCCUUAUUAUCGUACUUCAGUCGUUCUUUUCGGUAUCGCUGCUUUUGCUGAAUUGCUCGUCGAACCCUUAUUCGUGCUUGCUUUGAAUCGUCUCUAUUUCCGACUACGUGUGUCCGUCGAAGGCGUGGCUGUUUUGCUAAGAUGCUUCAUCACUUUCGGAUUGACGCUACUAGGCGUUCAAAACCAAUCAUCGCAGGCCAAUGCUUACGGGGUACUUGCGUUUGCUGUAGCCCAACUCGCCUUUGGGUUGACCAUGGCUAUUGGUUACGUCGGAUUUUUCUUUGUACAAGUAAAACAACAACGGAUCGACAAACACAUUUUAUUCCCUCGCAAGCUGGUGGCCGCUGAUAAAACUUAUUGGUUCGAUGCGAAAUUACUUAGUUUGGCAAUGACUUUGACCAAGCAAUCGUUGUUGAAACAUGUGCUGACGGAAGGAGAUAAAAUGCUUAUUUCGGUGCUCAGCUCGGAUGAGGAUCAGGGAAUCUAUGCGUUUGUCGUCAAUUAUGGUUCUCUUAUUGUUCGAAUCUUAUUUCAGCCACUGGAAGAAACCGGACGUACAUUCUUUUCCAAGCUCCUGGGGGAAAAGACGAAACAAAACGAGGCGGAUGUGGCUACGGCUGCCGAUGUCUUGUUGGUGACUCUCAAGUUCCACGUCAUGCUUGGUUUGCUGUUCACUUGCUUUGCGACCAACUACACUGCCACGCUGAUCGAUCUUCUCGUCGGUAAAGCAUGGUCGGUAGAUCGAAAUGCGCCUGCUGUUCUCGCAACGUACUGUAUGUAUGUCCCGGUGAUGGGAGUCAACGGUAUUACGGAAGCGUUUGUUCAGGCAGUGGCGUCGCGACAGGAUUUGACCAGGCUAAGCUAUUACAUGAUCGGCUUUUCGGCAUGUUUUAUGGUAUCUGGAAUUGUUUUUAUGCAUGUGCUUCAGUUGGGUGCGAUUGGCUUGGUGUUUGCCAAUAUGGUCAAUCUUGGCGUGCGGAUUGCUUACAGCUGGCAUUAUAUUGUUACCUAUUUUUACCAAAAUGGAAUACGGUUGCAUUUGCGUCAAUGGCUUCCAAGUCGUACCACAGUACUUGGUUUCAUCAUCUCGUGGGCCGUAACUCGUUGGUCCGAAUCUAACAUUGGCUGGUAUACCCUGCAUCAAAAGAUCCUCCACAUCGGUGUAGGUGCUCUUUGUUUCGGUUUGACGGCGCUACUCAGGUAA